CUUUUAAGCAAUGAUGUUGAGUUCUAGGAACUACAACUUCCAAAGGGCCAUGGGCUCCUGGGCGGUUGUUCGUUUCCGUCGAGGUGACCGUCCGGGCUGCUUCUGAGGGGUCAACUUGACAGGCCAUCAAGGUCAGCACUGCCCAAGUCGUCGUUCCGAUUCAACUGGUGAUGAAAUGGGGGUCAACCAGUCCGUGGGCUUUCCACCUCUCACAGGACCCCACCUCGUGGGCUGCGGGGAUGUGAUGGAGGGCCAUGGCCUCCAGGGGAGCUUCUUUCGACUCUUCUACCCCUGCCAGGAGGCAGAAGAGACCGUGGAGCAGCCUCUGUGGAUUCCCCGCUAUGAGUACUGCACUGGCCUGGCCAAUUACCUGCAGUUUAAUAAGCGCUGGGGGGGUUUGCUGUUCAACCUGGCUGUGGGGUCUUGUCGCCUGCCUGUUAGCUGGAAUGGUCCCUUUAAGACAAAGGACUCUGGAUAUCCCUUGAUCAUCUUCUCCCAUGGCCUGGGAGCCUUCAGGACACUGUACUCAGCCUUCUGCAUGGAACUGGCCUCCCGUGGCUUUGUGGUUGCUGUACCAGAGCACAGGGAUGGGUCAGCUGCGACCACCUGUUUCUGCAAGCAGCCUCCAGAGGAUAACCAGCCCAGUGAUGAGUUGCUGGAAGAGGAAUGGAUCCCCUACCGUCGAGUAGAGGAAGGGGAGAAGGAAUUCCAUGUUCGGAAUUGCCAGGUGCAUCAGCGGGUAAACGAGUGUACACAGGUGUUGAGGAUCCUGCAACAGGUCACUGCUGGGAAGCCCGUCCUCAACAUCUUACCUGGUGGGUUGGAUCUGAUGACCUUGAAGGGCAGCAUCGACAUGAGCUGCGUGGCCGUGAUGGGCCAUUCAUUUGGAGGGGCCACAGCUAUUCUGGCGUUGGCCAAGGAGACCCAGUUUCGGUGUGCUGUGGCUCUGGAUGCUUGGAUGUUUCCUCUGGAGCGUGACUUUUACCCAAAGGCCCGAGGCCCUGUAUUCUUCAUCAAUGCUGAGAAAUUUCAGACAAUGGAGAGUGUCAGCUUGAUGAAGAAGAUAUGUGCCCGGCAUGAGCAAUCCAGGAUCAUAACUGUCCUGGGUUCUGUUCAUCGGAGUCAAAGUGACUUUGCCUUUGUGGCCGGUCACUGGAUUGGGAAACUUUUCUCCUCUCAAACCUGUGGGAGCUUGGACCCCUAUGAAGGCCAGGAGAUUGUGGUGCGGGCCAUGUUGGCCUUCCUGCAGAAGCACCUUGGCCUGAAAGAGGACUAUGACCAAUGGAACAACCUCAUUGAAGGCAUUGGACCAUCGCUCACCCCAGGGGCCCCUCACCAUCUGUCCAGCCUGUAGGCGCAACUGGCCAUUUGUAAAAGGUCACUGAGCUGAGUUCCCAUUUGGGGCCUGCUCAGGGACACCCAUAGCCGCCUAUCAGGAAGUGGUUGACAUGGCCCCUCUUCACAGAUGGAAAGGAUGUGAUCUCACUGCUGAUUGGACAACGGGGUACUUUGAUCUUGGACUUAUUAAUCUUAAAUUCAUGGUGGAACUUGGAUCAUUUACUGACUGGCACGCUGCCUUUCUGGGAUCUGACGGUGUGGGGAACAAGCAAUGGGGUGGCGCUGGGGGGCCCCCAAGCUCCAGGCUGAGCACUGGGUACUUUUAACCAGCUCCCUCACCUUGGGCCAGUGUGGCUUCGCAGUGGAAGAAAUGAAGCUGAAGGAGGGAGUGGAAAUUCCCACCUUCAGGACCUUUAGCCCAACCUGGCGCACUCUCUUCCCACCUCUCAGCCUUCUCCCUCCCCGGGGCCACUUGGUGAGUUCUCAGCACUUAGGUAACUUUGUAGGAUAUGGACCACCAUCAGACUUUAUUUGUAAGUCUUCUCAAUGCAUGAAACAUAGUACUGGGCACUUAGUCGGGAUGAGUUACCCUUGUGAGCCCAUGGAGGAGGGCAGGAGGCAUUGUCCUCAGCAUAGGAAGAGAAGCUGAGCUGCAGCACGGGGCUUCAGGAGCUCUGGGUGUCGAAACAACACCAGUAGGUUGAGAUGGAGAAGACAGAAUAACAGUGUUACGUAGCCCUUUGAACACGCUCUUGCCACACGAGGGGUAGUUUAGUAGCUAGAGUUUAGGAGGCCACCCCGGAGAGGCCUAGGAGCACUCUGGUCUGCCUCUUACCUCAGCUGUCGUGAGGCGCCAACUGGCUCAGAAUCAGGGUGCUGUAAGUUGUCUGUUUGCUGGCUCUGAGGCCCAGCCCCAAAUUUAAGUCAAGAUUUGGAUUGAAUUUUCAUUCUGUUCCAUUUAUAAUAUGAAUGGUAUUAAUACUCAUGUCUGCCUAAUGAUAUGUUGGAAUAUUCUCUGUUUAAUCUGCAUUAGAGCAAGAUGGGGAGCCAUCUGGAAGUAACUUUUCCUUCUGUCUUUCUUUGUUCGCUUACCACUUGUUCCCAUGUGGGG